CUCGCCACCAUGCAUGAACAGAUCUGAGAUGUCUCCAUAUCUAAAUCUUUUUGUUGCAUCAAAUGCUAUGACUGUGCCAAAUUUAGUGCUUUCUUCAAAAAGUGCAUGAUUUUACCAAACACUAGUGCAUCUCCGCUGGACUAAAAGGCUUUUAUAAACAUGAAUUUUGUCGAAGACAAACUUGAUAUUUCUAGUAUAAAUUUAAUCUGUGACGGUGUCUUGGCAAUGUUUGGCCUUUGGGUAAGUGGUAAAUAUUUCAGAAUUCAGUGGUCAAUUUCAUUCGCAUGUGCGAAGUUCUUAUAAUUUUAAGCCAAAUCUCAAUAGCUACUACAAUAUAGACAAUAAUAUGUUUUUAUGCGAACUUGUAAUUACAUGAAAUUGCAGUGAUUAUACGAAAUUGCAUGCAGUAAUUAUAUGAAAUUGCAGCAAUUAUAUGAAAUUGCAGUGAUAAUUAUUGUUCAAGUGCGUUGUACGAAUCACGGUUUAUAGCAGAAUAAGGAGAAAAUCGGAUUUUCCUAUUGCAAGUUUAUUUUAGCAUACCGUUGUUCAUGGUUGGAUUGUCCUUUUUCAGUCGUUGCUAGAUUAUUCUUUUUGUUUUUAUCGACUAGCCUUUCGACAAUUCAUGAUAAGCAGCGACUGUCUGUCGUGAGUUGUGUUAUCUGGUUUUAAAGCCGUGACUCAGUUCACAUUUGUCUUGUUCUUAUAUAGAUGUCCCAGAAAGCAAAUAAUGCAACUUGGAAUUACAUUUGUCCAUCUGUAGUCGUUUGUGCCACACGUUUGAAUUGAAGGUUGAUACCAGUUUAGAUUCAAUAAUGGAAAUCAUUGUAGUUGCAAAAAUAUUGUUCGUAUUAAUCCUCUUCUCUCUGGCGAGUCUGCCGUGUUCAGUUUUAUCUGGAAUUAAUUACAGUCUGUCUUCAUCAAGGCAACCAAGUAUUUCUGCAAAUAUUCGAAACUCAUCGAAUCAGUCUUUUCGUCCUCUGAACACACUGCAAACUUCAGAAAUUGGCAAAAGCAGUAGUAACAGCUCUGUCGCACCUACGUCAAUAAAGCAGAAAAAAAUCGUCUCGUCCAUGCAUGAUUAUCUGCAUCGCGCAAUAAAUAAAAGUAGUAAAACACAAACGUUUCAUAAACCAGUGAAAACUGAGAAUUUUAAUAGCGAAUCCUUGAAAACCUCGCCAAGCAUCACGAUAAUACAGUCACCUACCCCGCUGGAUAGAGAUAAAAUAGACAAAGACACCACACCUAUGUAUGUCAAGGAUUCUCCAACUUUCUAUAACAAAGAUAUUCCCACUUUCUUUGUCAAAGACACGCCAUUUAUAUAUGUCAAAGAUACUCCACCUAUCUAUGCCAAAAACAAGGAAAAAGCAACGACGACAAACUCUGCACCAACAUACACGAAGGACAAAGACGAGAAGCUGUUUUCCAUACCAUUCCAAAUUUUGAUACCAAAACCAACACGUCCACAAUGUUCCAAGGGUAUGAGUUGCAAAGGUCGCUGUGGUUUUCAGAGACAAUUUGGUGAUAAGUGGUCUUGCUUUUGCGACCCAGAUUGCAACAUGCUAUUCGAGGAUUGCUGCGAAGAUUUUGAUGAAUAUUGCAACACAACUUUCAUGCAAGAACACAAGGUGAUAAAUGAGUUUGAGAAGCGUUGGAAUUGCACGACACUGUACCAUGAUGAUUCGCCUAUCUGGGUUAUCGGACAAUGUCAACCAGGCUGGAACGAUGUUGAUGUUUUACGACGAUGCACCGAGAAAAACACGAAGUCGAAGAUCAUUUCCCAACUAAUUCCAGUUAUUGAUCAAUAUCAUAACACAUUUUUGAACCGUUAUUGUGCAAUAUGCAACAAUGUCACAUCGUUCAGCCAAUGGGAGUUUGAGGUAUAUUGUGACGUCAUACCUCCCGCAGGGUACACAGAAGCACAAUGGGCCACGUUCUUGGAUUUAUUCUGCAUCAAAGACUCGUUUACUCUCAAACAAACCUGGGGUAAAAGAUAUUGUGUUAUUGUGCAUUCGGAUUGUUCUUAUAAAGACAGUGAAGAAGCUGUUAAAGGCUGUCGAUUUGGACCAACGGGUUUAAUAACACACCUAUCAAAAAAUAUACAUUAUCGAAAUUGGGAUUGUUUAUUGUGCAAUUCCUUGAUUUAUGCUAUGCUUCCUCCUUUUCCGGUAUGUGGGCCAAGGCCCCCGAUGAGUAAGUAUCAAUCAUUUACAUGGAGUAAAAUUGUUCCAUAUAGUGCAAUCUUCCGCGCGUCUUCUUUACCGAUCCCUCAGUGUCCGCAAGAACAACUCUACGACGACACGUUCGGAGAAUGCAAACCCUUUCUUUCAAGAAAUGACCUCAACGUUGGAGAAGUUUUGAAAAGAUAUGUUGUCAUCUUAGAGUACAAAGAACACUCAAAUAGUUGUGGUAUAUCUUUAUCUACGGGAUCAGAGAGUGCUAACUUGAUGAUGAUGAGGCUCGGAGAUGUCUUUCCAAAACUUUUGGGAAUUAGCUUAAUGGAACGAGAUUCGAGAUUAGUGGAUUUUAAAAUUCAACCACUGGAUAAUUCCAGUUAUCGUGUGAUCUUUCAGCUGCUAGAGAACUCCGAGGAAAAUGACCUAGUAGAGAGUAUUAUUGGGCAUGAACUUAAGCUUCAAAAUCUCGCCUUUCAUUCGCGCAGUUUUACCAGAUCCAGAGGACUUUGCACAUACUACAUAAAUACAUGCAUCGUUCACAAAAUGAUAUGUGCUGAAAACGAAACAUUCUCUGUUAAUGAAAUUGAAAUAUAUGCAAACAAUAGUGCAUUUAUUAUCAAAACAGGAAAACUUUACAGCGAUAAGGAGUACUUCGUGUUCAAAAAUGAAAAACGUUUGGCUUUAUGUAAAGAUUACUGGCCUGGAAAUUGUUCCUAUUAUAUUGAAGUAAAGAAUGAAUCUAAUUGGUCCCUUUUUGAGAAUGGCUCUGUUCAUACGGAUGUGACAAAAGCUCCAUGGUUGCAUUAUGGGGAAUAUACCAUAGUUGAUGGCGUAUUAAGGUUUUGUUCAAGGUUUCCGAACGCAAUAUUUAGUACUACAACCUCGAUACAUGAAACCGUUUUGUCUUAUGCGACCAUAGUUUGUCUGUCAAUGUCUAUCAUAAGCCUAGCUGCACUUUUAAUUGUGUAUUUACUUUUCCCCGCCUUGCGAAAUAUUCCUGGGAAAAAUCUGAUGUUGUUCAGUGGCAUACUUGCUUCUAGUCAAGUAUUAUGGUUGCUUCAACAAUAUAUAGCUUCUUUAUCUUCCACCCUCUGUGUCGCAACAGCCUUCGCCUUGCAAUAUUUUCUCUUGGCUUCCUUUUCAUGCUCAACAUCCAUUGCAUUUCACUCGUUUCUGACUUUCCUCAACAUUGCAAAAGGAAAGUUAACGCAAUCUUCUGGGAAAACGUUUUUGCACUAUGUAUUGUAUAGCCUAGGUUUUCCUCUGCUCUUACUCUUAAUGUGCUGGCUUCUGUAUUAUCAUAAUCUCCUUACAAUUGUGCACUAUCAACAUGUCUGUUGGUUUAAGCACGACUUAAGUAUUUAUAUUGCAUUUCAUAUUCCCGCUUUCACCAUGCUUUUACUUAAUUUCAUCCUCCUUUCGAAAACCAUGAUGUUUCUCCGGGAUUGUACGAAAGAACGCCGAAACCUGGCGGGAAAAACCGGCGCUCCAACAAGAAUACAGAUUGGAAUAUACCUUCGGUUGUCGACUAUAAUGGGAGCCACUUGGUUAUUUGGUGUUUUCAUAGUGAUAUUUCCAGAUGUUGUUGCUUUGGAAUAUUUGUUUGUGUUUAUCGAUGGUUUACAAGGGCUUUAUGUCGCCUUAGCAUUUCUCUUUACUGACAAUGUAAAGAAAUUUAUUAUAAGAAGAAAGGAUAGAGGAGCCACAACUGGCAAGAGUAAUGCCAUGCAUUCUACUCUGGCUUCAACAACAAUGUAA